UGAUUAAUAUUGAGAGACAAUGUGAAGGUCACAUAACCUUGUUUUCACCUCCAGAUGACCUUGUUUUCUCUUCCAGGGCCGACGCUGCUGAACAAGCUGGAGGUAGCACUCUGCAACGACAACUUGUCUGUGGAGGUGGUGGCUCACUGUCUGCUGUGUCUCAAGGAGGAGUGGAUGAACAAGGUGAAAGUGCUGUUCAAGUUCUCCAAAGUGGACGGGCGUGGCCGGGAGGACACCCAGAAGGUUCUGACCCUGCUAGGGAGCACGGGGCCUGCAGAGGAUGACAACGUGCGCCUGCUCAAGUUCUGGAUGACCGGACUCAGCAAGACCUACAAGAACCACCUCAUGAUGACUGCGGUCAGACCACAUGACUCCACUCCCACUCCCACUCCCACUCACUGACACACACACACACACACACACACACACACACACACACACACACACAGAGAGAGAGAGCAGGAAAGUGAAAGUAGACAGCAGUCCCAGUCAAUGACACAGUCACAGAGCAGGAAAGUGAAAGUGAAAGUCAGGAAUGUCAAACUUGUUUUUAUUUUUAUUGUGUUUGCUUUUAACAUGAAAUUCUAUUUUGACUUAA